AUGCUAAGUAUAGCGGAAGGCCUCCUCAUUUUUAUAGCAGUUGGUGAAUCAAUACUGGGGGUUUUAGGGAAUGGAUUUAUUGGACUUGUAAACUGCAUUGACUGUGUCAAGAACAAGAAGUUUUCUGUAAUUGGCUUGAUUCUCAUUGGCUUAGCUACUUCGAGAAUUUUUCUGAUAUGGAUAAUAAUUACAGAUGGAUUUAUAAAGAUACUCUCUCCAUAUAUGUACUCCUCUGGAAACCUAAAAGAAUAUAUUAGUUAUUCAUGGAUAAUUAUAAAUCACUUAAGUAUCUGGUUUGUCUCCAGUCUCAGCAUCUUCUAUUUCUUGAAGAUAGCCAAUUUUUCCCACUACAUUUUUCUCUGGUUGAAGCAUAGAAUCAACAGAGUACUUCCUCUUCUGAUGGGCUUGAUGCUUAUUUCAUGGUUAUUUAUUUUCCCACAAAUUGUUAAGAUUAUGAAUGAAUAUAAAAUAAAUAAUGGAAACACAACCCGGCAUCACAACGUAUCUAAAAGUGAAUACAUUGCUUACCAAAUUUUGCUCAAUCUGGGAGUCAUUUUCCUCUUUAUACUGUGUUUGAUUUCAUGCCUCUUGUUAAUCAUUUCUCUUUGGAGACACAACAGGAACAUGCAAUCGAGUGCCCGAGGUGUCGGAGACCCCAGCACAGAAGCACAUGUGAGAGCAAUGAAAGUGUUGAUAUCUUUUAUCAUCCUCUUGAUCUUGCAUUUUAUAGGCAUUGCCAUAGAAAUAGCAUGCUUUUCUGUGCCAGAAAACAAAUCGCUGUUUCUUUUUGGUAUGGUGACCGCAAUCAUCUAUCCCUGCGGUCACUCAUUUCUCCUAAUUCUAGGAAACAGCAAGCUAAAGCAGGCUUUCCUGAAGGUACUACGGCCUUUCAAUAGCUAA